GCCAAAGCGCGCGGGAGCUUCUUCCUUUCACUGGGGAUUUCCAAACAACAAAGACGAAUCCACCAAACAACAACAAUUCACAGCGAGAUAGAGAGAGAUGCAGGCAGGAAAAUUCCCGGCAUUUCCGUACAAGCCGUAUUCGAUCCAGAUCGAUUUCAUGAACGCCCUCUACCACUCUCUCAACAAAGGCGGCGUCUCCAUGCUUGAAAGCCCCACCGGGACUGGUAAAACUCUAAGUAUCAUUUGUAGUGCUUUGCAAUGGGUGGUUGACCGGAGGCAACAACAAAACUUUGGAAAGGGGGGCAAGCAUGAUAAGAAUCAGGAAAAUGAUGGUCAGCAUGGUUCAGAUGAUGAGCCAGAUUGGAUGAGAGACUUUGUUGUGAACAAAGACAACCACGUUCAGGAGAAGAAGAAUAAGAUGAAGAAAUUUGGGAAGCCCGAUAAGAGAAGGAAUCAGGAAAGUUGUAGAGAUUUGUUCUCAAGGGUCGAGGGGGACGGAGAUUUAGUUACAAAGAAAGAGCGAGAAAUUUCUCAAAAGAACAAUGAUGCAGUGGAGUUGAGUGAUGAGGAGUUUUUGUUGGAAGAUUAUGAAAGCGAAGAGGAAGGGGCUGGUGGGAAGUCGAAGAGGAAGGCUGGCAGGGGUUCCCUUAGUUCAUCGAGUGACGAGGAAGAGGAAGAAGAUCAGUCUGAUGAGGAAGAGGAUAAGGAGAAGUUGAAGGUUUAUUUUUGUAGUCGAACUCAUUCGCAGCUUUCACAGUUCGUCAAGGAGUUAAGAAAGACAGUAUUUUCAAAUGAGAUGAAGAUUGUGUGUUUGGGCUCUAGGAAAAAUUUCUGCAUCAAUGAAGAGGUAUUGAAACUUGGAAACUCCACUCGAAUCAAUGAGCGGUGCUUGGAACUUCAAAAGAACAAGAAAAAAGAGGUUUCCAAAAUCAAGAACUUAGGUGGGGGUGGAAGAAUACGCAGGACCAAGGCCUCUUCUGGAUGCCCAAUGCUUAGAAAACCUAAACUACAGAGACAAUUCAGAAGUGAGAUAUCUCAACAAGGGGCCUUGGAUAUUGAAGAUCUUAUUCACCUUGGAGUAAAUAUGGGAACUUGUCCAUAUUAUGCUUCCCGAGGCAUGGUCCCUGCAGCUGAUCUUGUGGUUCUACCCUAUCAGUCUCUUCUAUCAAAAUCAUCUCGUGAAUCACUUGGUCUAACUUUGAAGAAUAAUAUUGUCAUAAUAGAUGAGGCUCAUAAUCUAGCUGACUCACUCAUCAGCAUGUAUGACUCAAAAGUCACUGUAUCGCAGUUGGAGAAUGUGCAUUCCCAUACAGUGAGGUAUUUUGAGAGAUUUCGCAAUCUCUUGGGACCUGGUAAUCGGAGAUAUAUCCAAACCUUGAUGGUUCUUACUCGGGCUUUCCUUCAAAUUUUACUUGAGGAUGCGAGUUAUGUAGAUGUUCCCCAAGACACUGAAAAGGCUUCUGGAGCAAAUGAUGCUUCUAAUUCUUCUAUGGCCAUUAAUGAUUUUCUAUUUUCACUCAAUGUAGACAACAUCAACUUGGUCAAAUUGCUUCAGUAUAUAAAGGAAAGCAACAUCAUGUAUAAGGUCAGUGGGUAUGGAGAUAAAAUGGCUAGCUUACAAAAAUGUACAGCACACACUAACACUGGAGAGUGCAGUGAGGAGGGAAGCACUCUGUCAGGUUUCAGGGCAUUAUCUGAUAUGUUGCAGUCGCUGACAAACAAUGAUGGUGAUGGGAGGAUUAUUGUUUCACGGUCUCGACCCAGAUGCUCCAGGCAACAAGGAGGAUACAUAAAAUUUGUCAUGCUCUCUGGUGAAAAGAUCUUUUCUGAGAUUGUGGAUCAAGCACAUGCUGUUGUACUGGCAGGAGGAACUCUGCAACCUAUAGAAGAAACAAGGGAGCGACUCUUCCCAUGGCUACCACCAAAUGAGUUGCAUUUCUUUUCUUGUAGUCACAUUGUCCCCCCUGAGAGUAUAUUGCCAGUUGCAGUUUCCUGUGGCCCUUCUGGUCAGUCUUUUGAUUUUAGCUAUGGCUCCAGAAGCUCAUCGAUCAUGAUCCAGGAGCUAGGACUUUUGCUUUGCAAUUUGGUAACAGUGGUUCCUGAAGGAAUCGUUCUGUUUUUCUCUUCGUUUGAGUAUGAAGGACAGGUCUAUGAUGGAUGGAAGGCUUCAGGCCUCUUGGAAAGGAUUAUGAAGAAGAAACGUGUAUUUAGGGAGCCUAGAAAAAGUACAGAUGUGGAAUCUGUUCUGAAGGAGUACAAGGAAACGAUCGAUACAUUGUCUCUUGGGAAUUCAAACGAACAUCCAGCUUCUCAGAGUGGUGCAAUACUCUUUGCUGUUGUUGGUGGAAAACUAUCAGAAGGUAUCAACUUAAGUGAUGGGAUGGGUCGAUGCGUAGUCAUGGUUGGGCUGCCCUAUCCUAGCCCGUCUGACAUUGAGUUAAUUGAGAGGGUGAAGCAUAUUGAAGGCCUGGGAAAUUCAGAUUCCAUUAAAACUCCAAAAUUUCCUGUCACUGAGGAAGUUCACAGUGGAGAUGUAAAGGCUGGGUUUGAGAUCUUAAGAGGUUGCAGGCGCAGAGGAAAAGAAUACUACGAAAAUCUUUGCAUGAAAGCUGUAAAUCAAUCGAUUGGUAGAGCGAUUCGGCACGUAAAUGACUAUGCGGCGAUUUUAUUGGUUGACACUCGGUACGCAUCUAAUCCCUCAAAUAGGAGCUUUUCUCACACAACUAAGCUCCCCCAGUGGAUAAAAGAUUGUCUAAUCUCUUCUACUGUUAGCUACGGUGAAGUCCAUAGGCUGCUGCAUCAAUUCUUCAAAUUCAACAAGAAGAGAGAGAGUCACUAGAAUGUUGGAGACUGGAUGAAGAUGCAGGGCACAAAUAAAGGUCACAUAGCUUACAUAAGUAAUUUUUUUUUGAGGGCGGCCUACAGAAUUGACAAAACAUUUACUUGAAAGAGAGUGUAGCGAUGCGGUGAUGGACUUGGACAUGAGAAAAGCUCCUCAAAAUGUUAUCCUCCCCAGCAAAGUUGCUACUGGAUGGAAUAUGGAUUAUUUCUUUCAAGAAAGCCUCCAUUACAUGACAUAUAUGAUCUGCCUUUUGUGUCAAAUGUUUGAAGUUGGCGGGAGGGUUUUAAGUAAGCAACCGUGAGAAAGUGACUUGACCAUAGGGGAAAUGAAAUGUCUUAUCCUGCUAUCAAAGAGCUCUGGUACGAGGCCUCGUUACAGACUGUGGGGGGCCAACCAUAAAGCUCUUUUCUUAAAUGCAAUGAAUAAUUUUUCACCUACAAGGCCUAGAGAAUGGAUGAUCAUUUAAAGAUUCCAUUUCACCAACCUCAUCGGCUCUUGAAAGCUUGAAGCCCUUGGAUUAAUAUUUGUUAAAUAUAUUAAAAAAAUUGUUAAACUUUGAUAUAAUUAGAGGUGGUAGCUAGUAUAGUUUAACAAGCACUUUUACUACCAUCAUGGGACCUUUUUUUUCUUUCUUCUAUUCAAAUGGGGGAAGGGUCAUCAUGGGACCAUUUGGUUCAAUAGGGUCCCAUGGCCUAAAAAUGUAUAACGAUAUUAUGAACAAAAGGAUCACUGCAAUAACCUUUUACCAGCCCCACUACCUUUAGCUUUGCAUCUUAAUGAAUGCCGCUGCACUUUAUACAACAACUAGUCAAAAACAAUACAUUCAUAAUCAUCGGAUUCCAAAGUUCUCAUUCUCAUAAUCUAAUUUUAACUG